AUGGCUGACCAGAUGUAUCACGCAAUGGGGGGCUCUGCCGAUGAUCCCACCAACCCCCAUUCCUAUGCUUCUCCCCAGCAACCUCAACCACAACAAUACCCACCCGGUUAUGGCCCCGGUGCUCCGCCGCAACCAGGAGCUGUCUAUCCCAACGCCUCCCCGAAUCAAUGGUCCGCCUACGGCUCGCCCCAGCAGCAGCACAUGCCGACCAACCCGAACGCCGCGUAUAGUCCUAUCGCCGGACAACAAGCACCGAUGGGUGGCGCGGGAGAUCCUAAUAUGGCGGGCUUAGCCUCCCAGAUGAGUGGGUUGGGAAUUGCAGCAGAUGCCGGAGCCCGAACACAUCGCAAGAAGCAUCGUCAUGCGUAUCACGAUAUUGGUGCUGCAGCAGGGGCACCUGCACCGGCUUUUGGCCAGGGAAUGGCCGCCGGGGGAGCGCAGCCGACAUCCCAAUUCCUCAGCACCGGCCUGAACCAAGCUCCGCAAGCCAUCGCGGGUACUCAACAGGGCUACGUCCAACCGGCACCCGGAAUGACCUCGCAGCCUGGUCUCUCUAGCGGGGCGGACUCAGUGGCCACACAGGGCCGAAUUGACCCUGAGCAGAUCCCCAGCAUCCCACGAUCGCGCGACCUGCCUGCUCAAUACUACUUCAACCAUGUCUACCCGACCAUGGACCGACACCUCCCUCCGCCUGCGGCAGUUCCCUUUGUUGCUCACGACCAGGGCAAUUCCUCUCCAAAGUACGCCCGCCUCACGCUUAACAACAUCCCCUCGACCUCCGACUUCCUUUCCUCGACCGGACUGCCCCUGGGCAUGAUCAUCCAACCACUCGCAGGUUUGGACCCAGGCGAACAACCAAUUCCCGUGCUGGACUUCGGGGACGUUGGGCCUCCGCGAUGCCGAAGAUGCCGUACAUACAUCAAUCCCUUCAUGUCGUUCCGAGCUGGCGGCAGCAAGUUCGUUUGCAACAUGUGCACGUUCCCGAAUGACACACCACCCGAAUACUACGCGCCUUUGGAUCCCUCCGGGGCACGUGUGGAUCGAAUGCAGCGACCAGAGCUGAUGAUGGGUACGGUCGAGUUUUUGGUCCCCAAGGAGUACUGGAAUAAGGAGCCCGUGGGGUUGCAGACGCUGUUUUUGAUUGAUGUCAGCCGCGAAUCUGUCCACCGAGGAUUCUUGAAGGGUGUCUGUGACGGCAUUGCAGAGGCACUGUACGGCGAAGACGGAGAGGCGGACGGAACUGAAGGAGAUGAGUCCAAAGCGCGCAAGAUCCCAGCUGGAUCGAAGGUCGGCAUUGUCACUUUUGAUAAGGAGGUCCACUUCUACAACCUCACGGCGACAUUGGACCAGGCGCAAAUGAUGGUUAUGACUGAUCUGGAAGAGCCAUUUGUACCAUUAAGCGAGGGUCUUUUUGUGGAUCCAUAUGAUUCCAAGUCUGUGAUCACUUCACUGCUGCAGCGAAUACCCUCUAUCUUCACUCAUAUCAGAAACCCCGAUCCCGCUGUGCUCCCAACUCUCAAUGCGGCUCUCUCGGCUCUUCAAGCCACAGGUGGAAAGAUCAUCUGCUCAGUCGCCAGCUUGCCCACCUGGGGUCCAGGACAAUUGGCUUUGCGGGAAGAUGUCAAGAUCCACGGGACAGAUGCGGAACGAAAACUCUUUACCACAGAGAAUCAGGCUUGGAAGAAGACGGCCAGCAAGCUGGCAGAGACGGGCGUGGGUGUGGAUUUCUUCAUUGCCGCCCCCGGUGGCACUUACAUGGAUGUUGCAACAAUGGGUCAUGUCGCUGCUCUUACCGGCGGCGAGACUUUCUUCUAUUCAAACUUCCAUUCCCCACGGGACUUGCUCAAAGUCCGCAAGGAGGUGGCUCACGCCGUCACCCGAGAGACAGGCUACCAGGCAUUGAUGAAAGUUCGAUGCUCGAACGGCUUGCAGGUGUCCUCCUAUCACGGAAACUUCGUGCAACAUGCUCUCGGUGCCGACCUCGAGAUUGGCAGCGUCGAUUCGGAGAAGGCUAUCGGUGUGGUUUUCAGCUAUGAUGGCAAGCUUGACCCCAAGCUUGAUGCACACUUCCAAGCCGCGUUGCUCUACACCUCUGCCGAUGGUCAGCGCCGAGUCCGUUGUAUCAAUGUAGUCGCUGCCGUCAAUGAAGGUGGCAUGGAGACCAUGAAGUAUGUUGACCAGGAUGCGGUGGUGGCUGUCAUUGCCAAGGAAGCUGCUUCGAAGACGCUUGACAAGACGCUUAAGGACAUCCGCGCCAGCAUUUCGGAGAAGACGGUUGAUAUCUUCAGCGGAUACCGCAAGAUUUUCUCUGGCUCACACCCUCCUGGUCAGCUGGUCUUGCCAGAGAACUUGAAGGAGUUCUCCAUGUACAUGCUCAGUCUGGUCAAGUCCAGAGCAUUCAAGGGUGGUAAUGAGACUUCGGACCGCCGAACUCAUGAUAUGCGCAUGAUUCGGUCUUUCGGCUGCACAGAAAUGUCUCUUUAUCUCUACCCCCGCAUCAUUCCCAUUCAUAACAUGCAACCGGAAGACGGGUUCCCGAACGAGCAUGGCCAGCUCCAGGUUCCGCCAUCAUUGCGUGCUAGCUUCUCGAAGAUCGAGGAAGGUGGUGCUUACCUGGUGGACAACGGACAGGCUAUUCUCCUCUGGCUGCACGCCCAGGUCUCGCCGAAUCUCUUGGAGGACCUGUUCGGCCCUGGUGCGAGCGCGCUCCAGGAGCUGAACCCCAACACUUCGUCUCUACCCGUCUUGGACACGCACCUCAACGCCCAGGUACGCAAUUUGCUGCAGUACUUCUCAACCGUGCGCGGAUCCAAGUCGGUCACGAUCCAAUUGGCCCGCCAAGGCCUGGAUGGAGCGGAGUACGAGUUUGCCCGGUUGCUGCUGGAGGACCGGAACAACGAAGCCCAAAGCUACGUGGACUGGCUGGUGCACAUUCACCGACAGAUCAACCUCGAGCUGGCCGGUCACCGCAAGAAGGAGGACACGAGCGACAGCACAUUGGCCAGUGGUUUAUCGGCCAUGCGCGCGCCGUAUUGGUAG